AUGGUACGCACGCGAAACGACGCCCCUCUCCCGUCCAAGGGAAAGGUCAAGGACAAGGCCCAGCACGCCGUCAUCCUCGACAAGGCCACCUCCGACAAGCUCUACAAGGAUGUUCAGUCCUACCGCCUGGUGACCGUCGCCGUCUUGGUCGAUCGUCUCAAGAUCAACGGCUCCCUGGCCCGCAGAUGCCUUGCCGACCUCGAGGAGAAGGGUAUCAUUAAGCCCGUUGUCCAGCACAGCAAGAUGAAGAUCUACACCCGUGCCGUCGGUGGUACUGACUAA